AUGUCUUCAUUCACAUCGAUAAGAUCACAAGCAGUCUCUCUGGAAAAUCAAACCAAUACUCUUUUAUCAAAAUUCUCAAGAUUUACCGUAUCUUCAACUUCUGAACCAACUGCAGAUGAAGUUAAAUUAGAAAAACAAAUUGAUGAAAUACUUCAUAAAGUUAAAUCUGAUUCAACAAUAUCAACAGUUAAAUUACAACAAUUAUCAAGACAUAAAGAAUUAUUACAAGAAAAUUGGAAAAAUUUUGCUACAAUUAAAUCUUCAAUAUUACAAGAACGUAAUAAAUUGAAUUUAUUAUUUAAUGUUAAAAAUGAUAUUGAAAAUCAUAAUAAACAAAAUCAAAUUAAUAAUGAUUUAGAUUAUAUUCAAGAUGAAAGUAUUAGAGUAAACAAGAUGAAUAAUUUUACUGAUUCUUUAAUAUCAAGAGCUUAUGAAACAAGAGAAUCUUUAUUAAAUUCAAAUAAUUCAUUAAGUGGUGCAAGUUCAAGAAUAACAAAUACAAUUAGUACAAUUCCUGGAAUAAAUGUUAUUAUUUCCAAAAUUAAUACAAGAAGAAAAAGAGAUGCUUUAAUUUUAUCAACUUUAAUAAGUAUUUGUAUAUUAAUCUUAUUCUUUACAAGAUGA